GCAAGCCGAGUUCGGCCGGGGAAGUGGGUGGGAAGAAGCCGGGAGGGGAAGGUCUGGGGGUGUGAGGGUGGAGCGGAGCCCGGCCCCGCGAUCCGGCCCGCGUUUUGCAUGCCACCCACUCGCCCGCUCGGCCGCGGAGAAUUCCAUAAUCACAGCGGGCGAGAGCGGAGACUGGGAGCGAAAAAUCCGGGAUCCGGCAACUUUGGGCAGCGCAUGCGCGCCCGCGGCGCUCCAUCCCAAACACACACACAUUUUUCCCCCGGACUUGGAAAGUCACCCAAAGCCGCCCCAAGUGCAGGCCAACAGACCUCGCUGACUGAAGGCAAAGACACCAUCCAGCCCACCUGCCCUUCCACCUGCUGCGGUCCUCAGCCCCUGCUGUCGAAGGGGGUCCUGCAGCUCAGAAGUGUGCAUUGGUUGGAAUGGACUUUGGAUCCCAGCCUCUUGAGAUGCAAAGGUAGCUGUUCCCGAUCCGCAACAUGUGACUGGGAAACGAUGAAGUGACGCCCCUACUUGAAGAGAGGAGCCUCCGAGGACCUGCUACAAGAGUUUGGGAUCGAAGAGAGGAGAAUGGAUCUCGGUACAGCUGAAGGCGCCCGGUGCACUGACCCGCCUGCAGGCAAGCCUACGAUGGCCGCCAAGCGCAAAGGCGGCCUGAAGCUCAAUGCCAUCUGCGCCAAGCUGAGCCGCCAGGUGGUGGUGGAGAAGGGAGCAGAGGCUGGCUCCCACACCGAGGGCAGCCCGCUGCGGUCCCGGGACAAGGAGCGUGGUGGCGCUGAGCCAGGGGUGGCCCGGGCUCCCCGGAGCGAAGAGGACAAGAGGCGGGCGGUGAUCGAGAAGUGGGUGAACGGGGAGUACAGCGAGGAGCCAGGACCCGUGCCCAUCUCGGGGCGGCUUGUCCGCGAGGGCCUGGAGCUGCCACCCGAGGGUGUCUACAUGGUGCAGCCCCAGGGCUGCAGCGAUGAGGAGGACCACAGCCAGGAGCUCUCCAAGGAUGGCAGCGUCAUCGUGGAGGAGAAGGACUUGGACAGGGUAGCCUCCAAGGACGACAGCAGCCCCCGUGCCAAGCAGGCUUCAGGAGAGGCCUCCUCGCUGCGGGACUAUGCGGCCUCCACCAUGACUGAGUUCCUCGGCAUGUUUGGCUAUGACGACCAGAACACGAGGGAUGAGUUGGCCAGGAAGAUCAGCUUCGAGAAGCUGCACGCAGGGUCUGCCCUUGAGGCAGCCGCCUCCUCCAUGCUGCCCACCUCGGAGGAUGCCCUGAGCAAGCGGGCACGUUUCUCAAAGUAUGAGGAGUACAUCCGCAAGCUCAAGGCCGGCGAGCAGCUCCCCUGGCCGGCCCACAGCACCAAGGCUGAGGACCGCGCGGGCAAGGAGAUGGCGGGCCCCCUGCCCGGCCUGCGGCUGCCCAGUAACACAGCGCAGCUGGAGACCAAGGCCACCAUCCUGCCCCUGCCCUCGCACAGCAGUGCCCCCAUGCAGGGCCUGAUGGCCCGUGCCUCUAAGUAUGACUUCUUCAUCCAGAAACUGAAGACGGGCGAGACCCUGAGGCCCCAGAACGGGAGCACCUACAAGAAGCCAUCCAAGUAUGACCUGGAGAACGUCAAGUACCUGCACCUCUUCAAACCUGGGGAGGGCAACCCUGACAUGGGCGGGGCCAUCGCCUUCAAGACGGGCAAGGUGGGGCGCCCCUCCAAGUAUGACGUCCGGGCCGUCCAGAAGCCGGGUCCCACCAAGGUUCCGCCCACCCCCAGCCUGGCUCCCACACCCCUCACCAGCGUGCCCAGUGCCCCCAGCGCCCCCGGGCCAGGGCCUGAGCCACCUGCCUCCCUGCCUUUCAAUACUCCUGAAUACCUGAAGUCGACCUUCUCCAAAACAGACUCCAUCACCACGGGGACCGUCUCCACCGUCAAGAACGGAUUGCCCGCAGAUAAACCAGCUGUCACCGAAGAUGUAAACAUUUACCAGAAAUAUAUUGCCAGGUUCUCGGGCAGUCAGCACUGUGGCCACAUCCACUGUGCCUACCAGUACCGCGAGCACUACCACUGCCUCGACCCUGAGUGCAACUACCAGAGGUUCACGAGCAAGCAGGACGUGAUCCGGCACUACAACAUGCACAAGAAGCGCGACAACUCCCUGCAGCACGGCUUCAUGCGCUUCAGCCCGCUGGACGACUGCAGCGUCUACUACCACGGCUGCCACCUCAACGGGAAGAGCACCCACUACCACUGCAUGCAGGUGGGCUGUAACAAGGUGUACACAAGCACGUCAGAUGUGAUGACGCAUGAGAACUUCCACAAGAAGAACACGCAGCUCAUUAACGACGGCUUCCAGCGCUUCCGAGCCACCGAGGACUGCGGCACAGCCGACUGCCAGUUCUACGGGCAGAAGACCACACACUUCCACUGCAGGCGCCCUGGCUGCACGUUCACCUUCAAGAACAAGUGUGACAUUGAGAAGCACAAGAGCUACCACAUCAAGGACGACGCCUACGCCAAGGAUGGCUUCAAGAAGUUCUACAAGUACGAGGAGUGCAAGUAUGAGGGCUGCGUGUACAGCAAGGCCACCAACCACUUCCACUGCAUCCGCGCCGGCUGCGGCUUCACCUUCACCUCCACCAGCCAGAUGACCUCCCACAAGCGCAAGCACGAGCGGCGGCACGUCCGCUCCUCGGCCAUGCUGGGGCUGCCGCCCGCGCUGCUGGGCGCCAAGGACACAGAGCACGAGGAGUCGAGCAACGACGACCUGGUCGACUUCUCUGCCUUGAGCAGCAAGAACUCCAGCCUGAGCGCCUCCCCCACCAGCCAGCAGUCCUCUGCCUCCCUGGCCACUGCCUCCGCCACCGUGGAAGCCGUGCCCAGCACCACCAAGCCUCCCAACAGCAAGAUCUCCGGGCUGCUGUCCCAGGGCCUGCCGAGCUCCAUCCCCCUGGCGCUGGCCCUCUCCAACUCAGGCCUGCCCCCCGCCGCCCCCUACUUCCCCAUGCUUCCGGGUCGGGGGAGCGCCUCCCUGCCCGUGGGCGCCGCCGGCCUCAUGGGUGCCAUGUCCUCUGCAGCGGCAGCCCCAGCGCCUCCCGACACGCCCACCCUGGCUGCCCCAGGAGUCGGUGACGCGGCGGCGGCCUCUGUCACCGUGCCCCCUGCCUCCAUCGUGGAGAGGAUCUCUGCGAGCAAGGGUCUAAUCUCACCCAUGAUGGCCAGGCUGGCUGCGGCAGCCCUCAAGCCCUCCACCACCUUUGACCCAGGAAAUGGGCAGCAGGCCACCCCCGCCAGGUUCCCCGCAGCCUCGGUGAAACAGGAGCCCGGUGAGAACACUGGGGCCCCAGUUCCCCAAGAGGCUUCCCAGGACCGCAGUUUAGACCUCACUGUGCAGGAGUCCAGUAAUGAAUCAAAUGGCCACGCAGUCCCGGCAAAUUCAUCUCUUUUAUCCUCGCUUAUGAAUAAGAUGUCUCAGGGCAACCCCAACCUUGGCAGCCUGCUGAACAUCAAGAUGGAAGUGGAGGGGGGCGCUGCCGUGGAGUCGUCGCCCUUCCUGGGCAAGGCCGUGAAGGCGCUGGUUCAGGAGAAGCUGUCAGAGCCCUGGAAGGUGUACCUUCGCAGGUUCAGUACCAAGGACUUCUGCAACGCCCAGUGCGACUUCCUUCACAAGGCCCACUUCCACUGCGUGGUGGAGGAGUGCGGGGCGCUUUUCAGCACCCUGGACGGCGCCAUCAAGCAUGCCAACUUCCACUUCCGGACGGAGGGCGGAGCAGUGAAAGGAGGCACAGAGGCCUCGUUCCCGGCCUCAGCUGCUGAGACCAAAGCUUCCUUGGCCCCCUCGUCCCCUCCAGCGCCUCCCGUCACCACAGCUGCGGCUUCCUCUCUGGAGGGACCCGCCCCCAGCCUGGCUGCCGUGCCCCCCACCCCCACCCUGCUCGCCUGGAAGCAGCUGGCUUCCACCAUACCCCAGAUGCCUCAGAUUCCAGCAGCAGUGCCUCACCUGCCCACCUCGCCCUUGGCAACGACUUCUCUAGAAAACGCCAAGCCCCAGGUCAAACCCGGAUUCCUCCAGUUCCAGGAGAACGACCCUUGCCUCGCAACGGACUGCAAGUAUGCCAACCAGUUCCAUUUCCACUGCCUCUUCGGGAACUGCAAGUACGUCUGCAAAACCUCCGGCAAGGCCGAGUCCCACUGCCUGGACCACAUCAACCCCAGCAACAACCUGGUGAACGUGCGAGACCAGUUUGCCUACUACUCUCUUCAGUGUCUCUGUCCCAACCAGCACUGUGAGUUCCGGAUGCGCGGGCACUACCACUGUCUCCGGACUGGCUGCUACUUUGUGACCAACAUCACCACCAAGCUGCCAUGGCACAUAAAGAAGCAUGAGAAAGCAGAGAGGCGGGCAGCCAAUGGCUUCAAGUACUUCACCAAGCGUGAGGAGUGCAGCAGGCUAGGGUGCAAGUACAACCAGGUGAACAGCCACUUCCACUGCAUCCGGGAGGGCUGCCAGUUCUCCUUCCUCCUGAAGCACCAGAUGACCUCUCACGCCCGGAAGCACAUGAGGAGGAUGCUGGGGAAGAACUUUGAUCGCGUGCCCCCCUCCCAGGGGCCCCCGAGCCUGAUGGACACAGAGACAGAUGAGUACAUGGAUUAUACUGGCUGCAGCCCGGGCGCCAUGUCCUCCGAGUCAUCCACCAUGGACCGAAGCUGCUCCAGCACCCCUGUGGGCAAUGAGAGCACCGCAGCAGGCUGCCCGGCUCCUCCUCCUCCUCCUCUUCCUCCUCCUGCUGCCGCUGGUGACGAGGCCGCCCGAGUGGCUCCACAGCCCCCGCCGGCCCCAUCCUUCCCACCGGCCGUGCUCCGGGCGCCCCUCCCUUCCCUCCCAUGCCUCUUUUCUGCGCCCUGUCUCUCACACUCUCUGCUCAGUGCCACUCUCGGAGCCACCCGAGGCCUGGCCCACCCCAUCAGCAGCCCGCCCAGCUUCCCGCCCAUCACUGCCACUCCAACUCCAGUAAAAAGUGACGUCCCCCUAGUUCAGGAUGCCGCAGGGAACACAAUCUCCAUGCCGACAGCCUCCGGGGCCAAAAAGCGCUUCUGGAUCAUUGAGGACAUGUCGCCUUUUGGCAAGAGGCGCAAGACGGCCUCCUCGCGCAAGAUGCUGGACGAAGGCAUGAUGCUGGAGGGCUUCCGCCGCUUCGACCUCUACGAGGACUGCAAGGACGCGGCAUGCCAGUUUUCGCUCAAGGUCACCCACUACCACUGCACGCGCGAGAACUGCGGGUACAAGUUCUGUGGGCGCACGCACAUGUACAAGCACGCCCAACACCACGACCGCGUAGACAACCUCGUGCUGGACGACUUCAAGCGCUUCAAGGCCUCUCUCAGCUGCCACUUCGCCGACUGCCCCUUCUCGGGCACCAGCACGCACUUCCACUGCCUGCGCUGCCGCUUCCGCUGCACCGACAGCACCAAGGUCACGGCGCACCGCAAGCACCACGGCAAGCAGGACGUGAUCAGCGCCGCGGGCUUCUGCCAGUUCAGCUCGAGCGCCGACUGCGCCGUGCCCGACUGCAAGUACAAGCUCAAGUGCUCGCACUUCCACUGCACCUACCCGGGCUGCCGCCACACGGUCGUGGGCAUGUCGCAGAUGGACUCGCACAAGCGCAAGCACGAGAAGCAGGAGCGCGGCGAGCCGCCCGCCAGCCCGCCCGGCACCGAGGGCCCCGCGCCCGGCCCGGCCGUCAGCCUGGACGGCUCGCUGUCGCUGGGCGCCGAGCCGGGCGGCCCCCUGCUGUUCCUGCAGGCGGCCGCCGCCGGCCUGGGCCUGGGGCUGCGCGACGCGGGCGACCCCGGCCCGCCCGACGCCCCCGCGCUCCGCGGCGGCCCCGCCGCGCCCGCGCCCGGCCCGGCCGCCGGGGAGUCGUCGCAGGAGGACGAGGACGAGGAGCUGGAGGCGAACGAGGAGGAGGCGGACGACGACGACGACGACGACGAGGACGACGACGACGACGACGACGACGACGACGAGGACCUGCGCACCGACUCGGAGGAGUCGCUGCCCGAGGCGGCGGCGCGCAGCCCGCAGCUGGCGGCCCCCGCGCCCCCGGCCGCCGCCUCGCCCUAGCCCCGCGGGGACACCGCCCGGCCCGGGCCCCGCCUCUUUAUAUUACUGUUAUUAUUAUUAAUUUUGUAAGGAAGGGUAUUUAUACGUGAGGCUUCCCUGUGUGCAGAGCUAGGCGUCCGUUUUGGCUCCCGCGCCGGGGGGCGCUCCGGGCCCGGGCCCCCCCCGCCAGCCCCGCCGGUGCUUCCCGGACCCCGAGUCCGUCUCAGGACCGGGGCGAGGGCCCCCCUCUGGUGCUCCGGGGCCGCCGGGGGACCCUGGUCUCGCUGCCGCUCGGGGACCUGCUUCAGGGAAACAGAAGGUGCUCUCGCCCGGCGGGGAGCGAGGGGCAGGGGUCCCCGAGGGCGAGGCGCGCGCAGCCCCCUGGCGGCGGGCCCGGCGCCCCUCCCCGCUGCCGGACCCGGGCCCCGCGACCACGCCGGGAGGAUUCCUCAUUGCUCAGGACUGGGGCGGGCGCUGGGGGUCGCUGCGACCCCCGCCCCGAACCACCAGAGGCGGGCGGCGCCUGCGCUUCCGGCAGGGCCUCCCAUCCAUUGCAGCUAAGACCCUCCCUCCUUGCCCUGGGGGAGGGCGGGUCAGAAAGCGACAGCACCGGUGACACUACAGGGACCGAGGAGGAAACCUCAUGGGCUUAGCAGAGCGGGGAGCCCCGGGUCGCUCUGCCCCAGCUGGAAGGCUGGGGCCCAGGAAGGGGGCGUGGUGGCCUGAAGGGGGCUCCCAGGCCCCAGCCACUGUCCCCACAUCCCAGACGGCGUUCAUCCACAGACGGAAGGGCAGCCUCAGGGGUCUCAGACACCCGGGUGGUGGGAGCAGGAAGGAUGCGAUUGUUUGGGGCUUUAAUAUUCAAAAUGGAAAAAAUGCAAGAAAGUUGUACAGUAUUUUUCCUGUAAAGGUUAUUAUUCUACAUAGAACAAAAAGGAAAAAAAAAAAAGCAGGCGGGCAGUGACAGCAUAGACCCGCGUCCGGACCAGCCCUGAGGUUGGAGACCCAGUGCAAUUGCUCACGUGGGAUUUUAUUUAGCAUUUUAGAGGCCUUACCAGUGUGAGGCUUUCUGUCUUUACACUAGCACUGAUGGGAGCUGCGUGAUUCCAACUUUUAACUUGAAUUUUGUAGAGACAAGAAAAAAGGACUAUUACUGUUGAGACAAGUCUGUAGUUAAUUUAACAUUUGAGUUUCUCUCUUUUGGUUAUGUGUGUGGCUUUAUAGGGCCUUUUUUUUUUUUUUCCAGUUUGUUUUUAUUAGUUUGUUCGGGAUGCUUCUUUGCUGGUACAACCCACCCAGAUUUGGUGCCCUUUUCAAAACAUCCCCCCUUCCUGGAGACGAUGAGGUCACUGAGUCCAGGGCAGGGCCCUAGCUGGGAGGCUCACACCCAGCCAGUGGCUCUGGGGGUGACCCGGACAGGGGGUCGGCUGCCCAAUGCCUCCCCUGUUCUCUCUCGCGCGCCAGUCCCGGCCACCAGCCCAUCUCAAGUUGGACCCUGAGAUGCAAGGAAGAGGGCAGGGCCCAGCCUGCGGGGUGGGGGUGGGGGGUGCUGUCACCCUGAGCUGCCCCCACCCAGGUCUCCAGGGGAGCCUGACCAGUGGUGUCUUCCUUUCUUCUUCUUUUUUACUUUUUAUUUUUGUCCUCUUGGCCGCCCACAGCCAGAAAGCCAGGACCACCUGAACUGGAGAGGGAGCAGGGAGGGGGGCGGGGCCAGACAGCGCGUACCUGAUUCAGCAGGAAACAGACCUUCUCUAAACGGCCCCUGCCAGAGCCUCCUGCAGUCUGUGGGCACCACGUGCUGCUGCUGAGCGUUCGCCCAGACUUUGUGCCCUGCCGCAGAACCCGUGGGUCUGUGGAAGGAGUUUUGUAAAGGAAAACAAACAUUUUUCAAUGUAGCAAACUCAAAAAAGAAAAGAAGAUGCAGACAGUGCGAAGUCUAGCCUUUUGUAACCUUCAUAUUGCACACUAGGACUAUAAGCCAUUGCUAGCUCAUUUUGAAUUUAAUGUGUAAUUUUUGUUUUAUUUUCUUUCUGUGGGGAAAAAAUGCUUGAUCCACCAAUGCUCUUUUUAAUGUUUUAUAACUAUGUAUGUGUAUAUAUAUAAAUAUAAAAUAAUAUGUAUGCACAUAUGUGUGUGUAUAUAUCUAUAUGUAUAUACAUAUAUAGAUAUAUAGAGAUAUAUAGAGAGGUUUUGAGACGAAAAAUGCAGAACGUGAAAACCGAAUUGAACAGCGUGUGCUCUGAUUACUUGAAUCUGGUCUCCUCGGCACCUGGUUAUUAAGAACUGAAUAUUUUUCCACUUGAAUUUAGUGCUAUUAGAAAUUUAAUAUAUGUGUUUUAUUUAUUUGAUUUUUUUUUUUUGCAUGACUGAUGCAAGGUUUGACAUUUUCACUCAAUAAAAACUGGAAAAAAAUCUA